AUGUCAAAACUGGAAGGUCAUUUAGACUUAAGUGACUUUAUAAGUCUAGAGAAAUUAGACUGCCAUGCUAAUAGAUUAACAAGUUUAGAUUUAAGUAAUUCAAAUCAUUUAAAAAAUAUUGACUAUCGAUACAAUCCACUUGCUAGAAUAAUUUUUUCUGAUUCAGCACCGCUUAAAAAUAACUGGCAAAAAACAGAUUGGCAAAAUUAUUGGGAGAAUAGAGGUGAUAAAAACUACUCUGAAGAAAAAAGAAACGAGGUUAUUGAGAUAAGUAUUAGUGGUUCAAGCAAUUUGGAGGGACCUCUAGUUAUUGAUGAAUUUGCCAGCAAAAAUAAAAGUUGGGAACUCAAACUUAGGAACUUGUCCAAACUUGCUAAAAUUAAUUGUUCUGACGACUGCUUGAGUGGUCUUUUUAUUAGUAAUUGUCCUGAAAUUACUUACUUAGAUAUAAAUGCCAAUUGCUUUGAAGAGUUUAGUUUUCUUAAUGGACUAAAAAAAUUGAUUUUGGAAGGAAAAACCUUUGUCGGUUCCUUAGAGCCUCUUAAAAGUUUAAAUAAAUUAAAAUCUCUUUCAAUCGAAAAUACUAGCAUUGACUCUGAUUUAGAAUACUUGCCAGAAAGUUUGGAAGUUUUAGAUUACCAAGGUUGCAAGGAAACUAACCAAGGCUCGUUCGUUUUUCAGACUUGGAGAAAUUCUAACAAAGAGUUAAUUAAUAUAGCAAAAAAAAGGCCUACAGAAUUGCUAAAAGAAAGAGAAGAACUACAGGAGCGAGUUAAAGGACUUGAAGAAGAGGUCAAAGAAUACAACAACUACCAACAAAUUAAUAAUGAAAGCAUUGCUAGCGUUGAAUCCAAGUAUGAAGGUUUAAAAGAAAUUCUAUCUUCACUCUUGAAGGAAGAAGAAACCGAAAAAAAAGAAAUCAAUGAUUUAGCCAAAAAAAUCAUAAAGAGUGUGGAAAGAUUAAAAGAUGAAAAAGAAAAGUUAAAUAAUGAUCUGUUAAAUCUACGCGAAGUAAAUCAAAAAUUAUCUCAACAAAUUGCUCUUUACCAAGAAACUAAAAAAAUUAUUGAAAGCAAAGAAAAAGAAAUGGAGGACUUAAAAUUUUCCUAUAUUCAAAAAGUCAAUUAUCUUAAAAGAGGAAAGAUAAAAGAUAAAUUAGAAACCCUUUUGGAAGCCCAAGAAGAGGUAGUCAAACUUGAUAGUAAUUUUGCCAAAAAGCAGAAAGAAGAAAAUCAAAAAUACCUAACCAAAAAAACCUCGAUAUCCUCUCAAGAAAUAAUUAAUAUUUGUUUAUUACAAGAAGAAAUAACUAAACUUAAACUAGAACUUCAAAAAAUUGUAGAUGAGCAGGAAAAGCAAUUGAAAAAGAAAAUAAGUAAAGGCGAAAUAAGAGUAAAUCAAGUUAAUGUAGAGCAAGGAAAUGUAUUCAUUGGUAACCAAAUAGGAAAUAAUCCUAAUUUGGGUUAUGUUAGACAAGAAUACAUAGACAAAGAUCAAGUUCCACAAAUUUCAAUUGGGGGAAUUAACAUCCAAAGCGGUAAUAUUGUUAUUGGCAGUAACUUUAAUAGUAAUGUUGAUUUUAGUUAUACUUAUCAGCAGAAAUUGAAAGUUAAGUUGAAAGAGAAUACAAUGGAAUCUCGAUUACAAAUAAAAAAUGUCCAUAACCAGAAAAGAUUAAUAACUAAGAAUGGGGAAUUAGAAGAGGAAUAUCAAGAAUACCAACAAAAAAAUACCAUUGAAGAAAUAACAGAAGAAUUUCAAAAAAUCAAACCUAUCCUAAAAAACUAA